AUGUCCAAUAUGGCCUAUUACCCCCAUGCCAGCACGUACGGCGCAUUUCAGCCGCAAUACCCACCACAAUACCCGCCUCAGGCUCAGUAUUCUCCGCAAUACCAAGGUUCAGCCCCGGGCCUCCCACUGUAUCCUCCUGGACAUGGUCCAGUCAGGCAGUCCACGCCUCCUCCGGAACCUCACGCCGCCCCGGAACUAUCUGCUAUUACUCCUGAGUUAGCUUCUGUUGCACUGCGAAGAUUUUUGUCGCUGGAACUACAGUAUGCCGGAUAUGAUUCUGUGCAAUCUCCGGCAUUCAGGAGACUUGAGCUAGAAGUGGCGGCUUGUCCGCUUGCAUUUGAAGUUGUAGAAUGUGUAUAUGAACGAGCUCACGAGUAUGCAAAUCUCGCUAACAGGACGACUCCGAUUGCCACGGACCUGGUGUUGGCUUCGGAGGACUACGGGUUACAGACCAAAGACCUGCACAAGCUAGCAAGCAAAAACAAAGAUAGAGCACAAGAUGUGGCAGCUUUGACACUGUUUCCUUCGCCGUCUCGCUCACCCUCACCUGAUCUACUCCCCUCGGACGACGAAGAGACACCAGUCAUUCCACCGACUCUCAGGUCAUUGCCUUGGAGUGAACGACAUCUUCCGACUUUACCUCCGAAACAUACAUAUCUCAGGACACCGAUAUCUCCACCGAAGAAAGCAGCCUUACCAUCAUUGGAGAGAAAGCUGAAGACUGCUGGGCUAGUUCAAGAGUCUUUGAAGAAUCUUCUGUUGGCGACUGAGGAUAGUCCGGACCAAGAAGAUGGUGAGAUUCUGGGAGCCAUCGUGAACUGGGAAUCGACCAUCCACCCCCGAAAGCGGUGGAAAUUAAGUUCGUAA